GGCCCGGACAGCCUCCGCCGCGGUCGCCGCUUCUGAUGCGCCUGCCCGCUCCCGGCCCCGCGGCUCCGGGAGGAUGUGGGUCCUCGGCAUCGCGGCAACUUUUUGCGGACUGUUCUUGCUUCAAGGCUUUGCGUUGCAAAUCCAGUGCUACCAGUGUGAAGAAUUCCAACUGAAUAACGACUGCUCCUCCCCCGAGUUCAUCGUGAAUUGCACGGUGAACGUUCAAGACAUGUGUCAGAAAGAAGUGAUGGAGCAAAGCGCAGGAAUCAUGUACCGCAAGUCGUGCGCGUCGUCGGCCGCCUGCCUCAUCGCCUCGGCUGGGUACCAAUCCUUCUGCUCCCCAGGGAAAGUGAAUUCCGUGUGCAUCAGCUGCUGCAACACCCCUCUUUGCAACGGGCCCCGGCCCAAGAAGAGGAGCAGUUCUGCCCCAGCCCUUCGGCCGGGGCUCCCCGGCACCCUCGUGCUCCUCCAAUUAGGCCUUUUCUUGGCACACUGCUGAAGCUGAAGGAGAUCCCAGCCCCCUCCUGCAUCGUUCUUCAGGCCCACCUUCCCCCAGCCCCCUGAGAUUUUUCUGGGUGUCCUUUGAUGCUGGGUGGCGAGGGGAAUCCGUGUUCUCUUUCUUUCAGUUCCUUGGCAAACAAUGGAAGAGCUCAGUGUAAAAACAAAACUUUGUGAGCUCCGGACGCAUUCAGUUUGACUGAAUUUUCAGCGUGUCCUUAAUGGAAGGAAGGAGGAGGAAUGGAUACAGAUGGGCCAACUCUCAGAGCUGAGGCCCGGUUGGCGGCAGCAUUCGCCCUCAAGUGACACUUGUAAGCGGCCAUCUGCUUUCUUCCCAGGCCCGUCUUCCACCCCGUCCCUGAUGAUGGGCGCACAGUUUGUUUUGGCACUGCUGCAUGCAGGUAACCGUCGCUUUCGUGUGGGGAGGGCCCGUGGGCGCUCCAGCUUCCCUUCCUUCCUUGACAGACAGUCAGUCACACUUCAUGCUCCUGGAAGCCAUUUUCGGUGGCAGGGUUGGCGGGUUUCACCUCCGAGUUGGGAUCCGGUGACUCGCAACUCAACUGCUGAGGCUUAGGUUCGGGCUUGGCCUCGCUCUGAAAAGUGCUUAGGAAAACCUUGUUAGUUCUCCUUGCAGAGGAAUUGGGCCGGGAAGCCAGGAGGAUGAGCGGGCGGCGCACGGAGCGGGCACCAUCCGU